AUGUCGCUAGACAAUCAAUUGGUAGACUCAAACGAGGUCUCCUCAUCACCGACUGAUGUUAAGAGUGUAGAAUUACAAGACGACGUCCAAGAAAACUCUCGAGAUAUCGACACUGCCACCUCGACUCAAACCCUGGAAUCACCAACAAACAAUGAUGUAAAAGAUCAACUUCAAUCCCAGCAUCGAAAUGUGAAUGGAAGUGGAAACGAAAAUGUUAUUGAGACAGGAACUAAAGAGAAUGAUGAAAACAAGGGUGAUGUUUCUGAAACAGUGGCCAAGACGAACGGUACGGCCAUAGAGGAACUGAAUCAAGAAGACCAACAACAAAAUGAAUCAUCAGAGGCAGAUUCUUCUGCUAGUAAAAUUAUAAAUCCAGAUGCAAGUACAAAUGCAAUUACCAACGAGCCAGUCGAAACACCAACUGUUGUUAUUGGUGAUAAUAACGACGAAAGCACACAAGCAGCCACUGCUCACAACCAUCAUCGUCAACCAUCAUCAACGUCAUUAACCUCUACGGCAAGAGUGGAAAAUUAUCAAAUCUUCAAAAAGGUUUUUGAACAAAUUCUCACAGGAAAGGAAGCGAAAAAGGAUGAGCUGUUAAAGAAAUCUAUAGAGAUUGCUCUUAAAUCCCUCGAGACAUCUAAUGAACGCAGUCCACUUGUUAUUUUUAAAGCACUUAAGGCAUGCUGUGAACACUCUUCUGUGGACCUCAAAUUGAAAGCUGUUGACUUGUUUGCAAAAUUGUUUGAUUAUUCGCAAUUUGACGAUAACUCUGAAAAGACAACCCUCACAAAUAAUUCAGUCGCCGUUAUUGCAACUUGCUUUGAAGGCGAAGGUACCGACCCUGAACUUGAGUUGCAAGUUGUGAGGGCAUUAAUGCAUUCAAUCUUACUUAUGCCUUGCCACGGAGCCGCUUUGUUGCAAGCCGUGCGACAAAUAUACAACAUUUUUAUCUUUUCGUUAACGGCAAGGAACCAAGCAGUUGCUCAAGGAACUUUAACCCAAGUAAUCAGUGCAAUUUUCUCACGUGUACAGGACUUGACGGUAAAGCGCACAAAAAACGAAAGCUCAUUGGACUUGAAACUUGGGUCAGCACUGCAAACGAAUUUGAAUGGAAAUGGAACGACAAAAGAAGAGCAAAAACAAGAGCGAGAGCAAGAGCAAGAGCAAGAGCAAGAAAAAUUGACCUUAACGAAUUUGGAGAAUAUCAACAACACUUCUGAAAUUGAUUACGACCAAAUUGCUCCAGACGAUAAUGACGCUGAUGUUGCAGUCAAGGAUGCAUUUUUGAUAUUCAGGGCAAUGUGCAAAUUAUCUAUCAAGUCAUUGGACAGCAGCACCAUUGACAUGAAGUCACAUUCAGUGAGGUCUAAGUUGUUAUCCUUGCACACCAUCCAUACAAUUCUUAAAGAUCAUAUUGACGUAUUCUUAAGCCACGAUGUUGUGAUUAGAUCAGGAAGCGCGAAUGAAAAAGUGAGAUUGGUAGAUGCUGUGCGUCAGUACAUCAACUUGGCACUUUCCAAAAAUGCGGCUUCAGUAUUGGCACCAGUUUUUGAACUUUCAUUGGAAAUAUUUUGGAUCAUUAUUUCGAACUUGAGGUCGGAGUUUAAAAGAGAAAUUCCUGUUUUUUGGGAUGAGAUAUACUUUCCCGUGGCAGAGAUGAAAUCAUCUAGUCCACACCAGAAAAGGUACCUCCUUUCCAUAAUCGAACGCCUUUGUAAUGAUUCGCGAUGUAUUAUUGAGUUUUAUCUCAAUUAUGAUUGCGACAGUAAUAUGCCAAACAUUUGCGAAAGCCUUAUUGACUACUUGACCAAACUUUCAUUACUGAAAGUAGACGUUACCCAGUUACAGAAGCAAGCGUUUAUAGAAAACAGACGUAAGGGAAUAUCUGUAUACGACGUGGGCAAGAUAUCCAACUUGACUAGCAGUACAAUGUCUUCCAAACCACCAGAACCUGAGAUUUAUGAAUUGUUCCCAGUUGAGCAUGCACUAAAAAUGACAGCUCUUAGUAGCUUGGUGGCAUUUUUGCGUUCAAUGUACUCUUGGGCGCAAAGAGGUAUUAUAAAUGGUACUUCAAAGCUGCCAGCCAUGGAUAGCAACAAUGCUUCAUUCCUAUCCUUGAGCAGGGAUCGAUCAGAUUCAAAUAAUACAUCUGCAAAUAUAAGUCGAAACCAAUCAUUUAUUAACAGUGGUACUGAUGCAGAAAAUACUGCCAUCAAUGAAAUCGAACAAUUUGAAAGUCAAAAGCAAAGAAAAAAAGCUCUAUUAGAGGGUAUCAAACAAUUCAAUCAAAAAGCGAAAAAAGGUAUCAACUAUUUCAUAACCCAUGGUUUCAUUAGAAACGAUUCUCCAAGCGAAAUUGCCAAAUUUCUUCUUGAAACUGAAGGGUUGGACAAGGCCGUCAUUGGGGAAUACCUUGGCGAAGGAGACGAAAAGAAUAUUGCAAUUAUGCAUGCAUUUGUCGAUCAGAUGGAAUUUGAUAACUCUGCAUUUGUUGACGCAAUGAGACGUUUUUUGCAAGCUUUUAGAUUACCUGGUGAAGCUCAAAAGAUUGAUAGGUUUUUAUUAAAAUUUGCUGAGCGAUAUGUGAUGGGCAAUCCUGGACUAUUUGCCAAUGCUGAUACCGCUUAUAUUCUAGGCUACUCUGUGAUUAUGUUAAAUACUGACUUACACUCGCCUCAAGUUAAAAAUCGGAUGUCAUUUGAAAGCUUUGUUAUGAAUAACUCGGGUAUCGAUGAUGGCAAAGACUUGCCAAAAGAGUUAUUGGAAAGUAUUUACAAGGAGAUUCUUAAUAAUGAAAUCAAGUUGCAAUCAGAACAGCACGCUGCAUUGCUUGCCGGUGAUAUUACAAUUGCGUCUAAUUCCGCACAACCAUUGGGUUUUUUUGGCAGUAGGAACUUGGCUCGUGAAGCAUACAUUUAUGCAUCAAAAGAGAUGUCAACGAAAGCAGAAAAACUCACUAAGCAACUAGGCUCUAGAAGUGGUGUUGAUGCCUCAGAUAUAAAGUUCCACGCCGCAUCAAGUGUAUUGCACGUCAAGUCAAUAUUUGAUACAUUGUGGAUGUCAAUAUUAGCAGGACUCACACCUCCAUUCAAGGAAUAUGAUGAGGACUAUGUAGCAAAAGCAUGUUUGGAAGGUAUUAAAUUAUCGAUACGCAUUGCCUGCAUGUUUGACUUGGAAUAUGCACGUGCAUCUUUUAUUGGAGCUUUAGUUCAGUUUCAGAAUUUGAACAAUUACGAAGAGAUGAAACGUAAAAGUGUUGAUGCCAUAUACAUUAUGCUUGAGUUAGCAGUAACCGAAGGCAACAAUCUUGGCAAUGCGUGGACACAAAUCUUAACUUCUAUAUCACAAGUUGAGCGAUUACAGUUGAUUGCUCAAGGCGUGGAUCGAGAUACUAUACCUGACUUGACAACCACAAAACUAGUCACACGCAGCUCAGUUGAAAGUCUGCGAACCAGCACUAGUUUCUUUAGCUCUUUUUCAUCGCAAACUCCAGCUCAAUUUGCAUCGAGCAAAUUCCAUAAUCAACAUCUUUCAUCUGAAGUUGCGAAGCUCCUUCUCAAAACUGAUUUAGAAGUGGCUGUUGACAAGGUGUUCACCAAUAGUGCGUCGCUUCUUGGCCGCAGUAUAACUGAAUUUGUCAAGGCCUUAUCUACAGUGGCAAAGGAGGAAAUUGAUUCAUCGGGAGAUAGCUCCAAUCCAAGAACUUAUUCGUUACAGAAGUUUGUUGACAUCUGUUACUACAACAUGGAUCGAAUCAGAUUGGAAUGGUCUCAGCUUUGGGCCAUUAUGGGCGAGACAUUUAAUGUUUUGGGCUGUCAUCCAAACAAGUCCAUCCUGUUCUUUGCAUUAGACUCAUUGAGACAGCUCUCAAUGAGAUUCUUGGAGAUUGAAGAGUUGUCGCAUUUCAAGUUUCAAAAAGAAUUUUUGAGGCCAUUUGAGUAUGCAAUGACGCAUAAUAGGUCAGCCGAGGUUAAGGAUUUGGUUUUGGAGUGUGCUAAUAAUAUGAUUUUGGCUCGUGCAGGUCAAAUCAAAUCUGGAUGGAAAACUAUUUUCAAUGUUUGUACUGCUGCUGCUAGAGAGACUCGAGAAUCUUUGGUGACAAAAUCUUAUAAGAUGGCUAUUUGGAUUAACAAAGAGUACAUCGAAGAGGUACACAAGCAGGACUCAUUUGCUGAUUUGGUUAUUUGCUUUACAACUCUCGCCAAGAAUGAGAAAUUCCAAAGAAUUAGUCUUUUGUCAUUGGAUGUGCUAUCAAGACUCAUUUAUGAAAUUGCUCAGCUUAGUUUUUUCAAUAUUACCAAGACAAAUACCAAGGGUGACAUAGAGGAUGUAAAAGAUUCGGAAAGUACAAAAAGUUUGGAAAAUGGUGAAAAUGGUGAAAAUGGUGAAAAUGAUGAAAAUGAUGAAAAUGAUGAAAGUGCUGAAUUAACUUUUAGAGCGCAGCAGUUGCGAAAAUUAUGGUUCCCAGUCUUGUUUGCUUUCCACGAUAUCAUUAUGACUGGUGAGGAAUUGGAAGUCAGGUCCAAAGCAUUGAGUAGUCUUUUCGACUUGUUAAUGAAGUAUGGAAAAUUCUUUGAUCAAAACUUUUGGAACACUAUUUUUCACGAGCUUUUGUUUCCGAUUUUUGAUGUAUUGCGUAACCAUUGGGAACUCAAUUUGGAAGUGUUGAAUGAUAAGUUGUCAGUGUGGUUAUCCACAACGUUGAUCCAGGCAUUAAAGAGUAUGGUUGAUUUGUUUACAUUUUACUUUGAUGAUUUGAACCACUUGCUUGGAGAGUACCUUGAGCUUGUCACAUCUUGUAUUUGCCAGGAAAAUGAUACUAUUGCCAGAAUUGGACGCGAAUGCUUAACCAUAUUGUUACUUGAUAACUCAAAAAGAUUUAAAGAAAAAAACUGGGACGAAGUUACCAUUGCAUUGGGCAAAUUAUUUGAUCUCACCACUGCAGUUGAGCUUUUCGAACUCGAUCCACUUCGAAACAAUAUUGAAGAUGGAUCAGAAGGACAAGGGAAUUGGAGUGAGGCAGAUAACGAGGAGAGGGACGAGGCGGGAGAAGAGGGUCAUGAUGGUAUUGGAAAUGCAUCAAUUCUGCUUGGCCACGACAAAACAAAAUCAUCAAGACCCAGCAUUAGAAAAAGUAAAUCAUCAAUUGUUGUCAAAAGUGUUUUGCAAUUGCUCAUGAUUCAAACGCUUUCAGAAUUGCUUGAAAAGGAUGAGUUUUACGAUAGUAUACCUUGUGAUCAGUUGAUGAAACUUGCAGGUUUACUCUUGCUGUCGUACAAGUUUGCCAAGGAUUUUAACGACAAUUAUGACUUGAGAGUGCGUCUAUGGAACUCAGGAAUCAUAGAAAGAUUGCCCAACUUGUUAAAGCAGGAGUCUUCUGCCGCAGCAGUGUACAUUAAUAUCAUGUUCAGGAUGUAUUGCGACGAUGACAAGACCUCACAGGAGUAUAAAAACUCCAUAAUGGAGCAGUUGACACCAUUAUGUACUCUCAUCACCAACAGAUACUGUGAGUUUGAUGAAUCGAAUCAACAGAAGAAUAUUAGUACAUGGAAACCAGUAAUUUCUGAAAUCUUUGAAGGCUACGUUGAGUUGGAUGACGACGAUUUCAAAAAACAUGGCCCCGAGUUGUAUAAAUUGGUGGUGAAGCUUUUGACAAAAAGCAUGUCGGAAGAAAUGAAAGGCGCAAUACGCAGUUUCUUAUCGAGAGUUGGAGAAGAGUUUGUUUACGGUGCGUAG